AUGGUUAACCACGCCCACACACCGGCUACGCAGAAACUUACCUUUCUCGCCAAGUACACCAAAGGGGAGGUGAGGAAACUGGUAGAUAGAUUCCGACAUCGCUACGUUUCUAGCCCUGAGACAGCCUAUCAAGAAGCGUUGAAAGAGCUGAAGGAGCGGUUUGGCAACAAGACAAAUAUCACCACUGCAAUCAUCCGAAAGCUCAUCGAUUUCCCCAGAUUCAAAGCUGAGGAGAACCGCAAGCUCCAAGAACUGGCCGAUCUAUGUGUAGACGCUGCUGCCCAAAUGAAUGACCUGCCUGACCUGAACAUUCUCAACUAUGCGCACAAUCUGCAUCCCAUACUCGAGAAGUUGCCCACAUACAUCCACAACGCUUGGCGUAAGCGUGCUUCAGAACACAAAACGGCAAAAGGCAACUACCCUCCAUUCACCAUGUUGGCUGAGUUCUUGAAGCAAAAAGCGAGGCUACACAACGACCCAGAGCUGUACCCCUCAAGCAAGAUUCUCCAUCCAACGCCUGAGAAACUGAGAACAGACAGGAGCCGCGGAUCCUCUCUUUGUGUCCUGGCGACGUCCACUCCCACAAAAUCUACAUCUGCCCCCCUGGUGAUGUCCACACCCACAAAAUCUGCACCUGCGUCAACAGUUCAAGCCAAAGAGAAGUGCCAGUUUCACGACAUACAAGGCCACCGUCUGUCCGAGUGUAUUGCCUUUGGCAGAAAACCUAUUCAAGAGAGACGACAGUUCUGCAUGGACAGAGGUCUGUGCUUCAAGUGCGGUUCCAACCACCGAAUGAAGGAGUGUGAAUCAAAAGUGCAGUGCAGAAAAUGCAAAAGCACCGAGCAUGCCUCCUUCAUGCAUAUCAACCAGAAGCAGAACGAGGGGGAGGUACAGAGCGAGAAGCAACCAGCAAAGAGCCACAAGGAUGUAGUUGCUAACACGAAGUGCGCCCGGUUCUUGACCUGUUCCUCGGCAAGAUCUUGCUCCAAGAUUGUUCUCUGCAAGAUCUACCACAAGGAUCAUCCCACAAACUCCAUCCUUGGCUAUGCAGUGCUAGAUGAUCAGUCCAGUGCCUGUUUGGGAGGCCCAGAAGUAUUCGAAGCACUCAACCUUGCAGGCCCCGCUUUUCCGUACGAGAUUUCUACCUGCGGAGGGAACAAAAUCACAUCGGAAGGAAGACGAGCGUGUGGCCUGAUUGUUGAAUCACAAGACGGGAAAACUGAACAGCUACCUACCGUUAUCGAGAAUGCCUACAUUCCUGGUGACAGGAGCGAGAUUCCAAACCCUGACCUCUGUGAAAACUUUCCCCACCUCAGGCCAAUUGCUGCAAAGAUACCAGAGGUGCGAGACGACAUCAACAUCAUCCUUCUCGUUGAAAGAAAUUGCCCUGAGCCUCUGAAAGUUCGACAAUCGCGUAAUGGUCCUAGAGGAACACCAUGGGCGCAACGUACUGACCUAGGUUGGACUGUCUCUGGACAAGUUUGCAUGAGUGGUGCCAAAGGGAAAGUACACGCCUCCGUCAAACGCACGAUCCUUCAACCACAACCUGAUGGAUCAGAUGUCUGUGAAAAUCACCUCUAUGUGAAAGAUAUGCUCUCAUCAGCCCGCAAGAACACAACAACGGACAUAUACGUGGAAACUCCAGAGGACAACUUGAAGGCCCUGUCGAUCGAAGAUCAGCACUUUCUCGACAUCCUGACAGAAGGUGCCCACACCAACUCAGAUGGAAACCUGGAGUUCCCUCUACCCUUCAAGCAACAUCAGCCAAACCUGCCCAACAACCGUCCUCAGGCCCAAAGCAGACUAGACAACCUCUUGAAGAAUCUACGUCGUAAGCCAAAGAUGAUGUCAGACUACAUUGCCUUUUUUGACAAGAUCCUAACCAGAAACCACGCCAGCCGAGUACCUGAGAAUGAGCUGUGCCCUCCUCCUCGGACGGUGUGGUACCUUCCACACUUUGCCGUACAUCAUCCCAAAAAGCCGGAAAUCAGUGCGGAGUUCAAAGGCAUCUCCCUCAACAAAGCACUCCUCCAAGGGCCGGACAUGAUGAACAGUCUGUUGGGGAUUCUCCUUCGAUUUAGGCUAGCCGAAGUUGCUGUGAUGGGGGAUGUGGAACACAUGUUCCAUAAUUUCUACGUCAACACAGAGCAUCGUGAUUAUCUGCGCUUCUUGUGGUUCGACGACAAUGACCCUACUAAACCAACAGUAGAAUACAGGAUGAACGUCCACCUCUUUGGCAGCAUCUCAUCCCCUGCUGUAGCAACAUUCGGUCUUAGAAUGGUUGCCGACGAGUGCGAAUCUACUCAUGGGGCUGACGUGAAGCACUUUAUCCACAAUGACUUCUACGUCGAUGAUGGGCUUACAUCACAACGAGACGCACAGACUGCCACAAACCUGGUCCAACGUUGUAGAGAUGCCCUGGCCACCAAGAACUUGCACUUCCAUAAAAUUGCCUCCAACAGCAAGGAAGUCAUGAACGCUCUUCCCAAGGAAGAGAGAUCCAAGAGAUUCCAAGUUGACCUGCAAGACAAACCCUUCUCACGGCGGGGAGUCCUUUCGGUGGCAAGCUCCAUCUAUGAUCCGCUGGGUCUAGCAGCACCAGUCACCAUUGAAGGGAAAUUCAUCCUACGAGAGCUUAUGGCGGCCUCAAAAAAGGAGCAAAACUCGCCUCAGGAUCUUUGGGACCGUCCACUGCCUCAGAGCUGUCUCCCAAGAUGGACCCGCUGGCGCAAUUCUCUACUCAACCUUCAAGACAUCCAUGUUCCCCGCUGUUAUCAUCCUACAGACUUCGGCCAUGUCAACAGACGAGAAAUUCAUGUCUUCUCUGAUGCUAGUGAUCUAGCAAUAGCAGCGGUCGCCUACUUGAGACUUGUCAACGAAAACAACCAGUCACAUGUGUCCUUCCUUCUGGCUAAGGCGAAAGUCACACCUCCCCAUGCGGUAUCCAUACCACGACUGGAGCUGUGCGGGGCAGCGCUGGCAACUACACUGGUGCAGACUGUUGAGCCAGAGAUCAGAGCACGAGCAGCUAUCGACAGUACCACCUACUACACCGAUAGUAAGGUAGUCCUUGGCUACAUUUCCAACCAAUCUAGACGUGUCCAUGUGUAUGUGGCAAAUAGAGUGCACACAAUACACAAUGUGUCAACACCCAACCAGUGGCACCACGUGCCAACAGACGAGAAUCCUGCGGACCUGGCAUCUCGCUCAGUCCCUGCUAACCAACUUAGCACCUCGACUUGGUUUAGAGGACCAGACUUCCUCUGGCAGCAAGACCCCUCUCCAACGCAGACCGAAGCAUCUGCCAGUCAUGAAAUUCCACUUGCCGAUGACGACCCCGAAGUGCGGAGAGAAACGCGCGUCAACCACACGAACGUCAGUGACCAACCCAAGAGUCCAGUCACCAUGGCCCAGGGAUCGCAAUUGGGAUGUAAUAGGUUCUCAUGCUUUUCUACCUGGGCAUCUCUCAGACGUGCAGUCACAACCCUCAUUGUUGCAGUGAAAACCUUCAAGUCGAAACGGGAAGGGAUCAGUGACGACAACCAGCAAGCUGACAAACCCCACAGACGAGCAUCUGUUGAAGAGUUGCAGAAAGCAGAUCGUGUGAUCUUCCAUGCAGUACAGAAAGAGUACUUUGGAGAGGAACUAGCCAGCCUCAUCACCAACAGUGAUCUGGAGCAAGCUUCGACAAAUACCAUAAAGCAGAAAAGCCCCAUGUACCAGCUAAGCCCCUUCAUUGACAACGAUGGACUCAUCAGAGUCGGAGGAAGACUGCGAAGAGCCGACCUCGAUCUGGGGGGACGUCAUCAGGUUAUCCUUCCCAAGAACAGCCAUGUUUCCAAACUCAUUGUGAAACACUUUCAUCAAGAGGUCAAACACCAAGGAAGGCAUUUCACCUUCGCAGCUAUUCGAGCUGGAGGCUUCUGGGUCAUCGGCGCUCAUGAUCUUGUCAGAAGUGUCAUCAACCAGUGCACCAUCUGUGCGAAGCUAAGAGGCAAGUUUUUCACUCAAGUCAUGGCCGACCUACCUCAAGACCGGCUCCAGCCAACGCCCCCUUUUACCAAUGUUGGAACAGAUGUAUUCGGACCCUGGACCAUUGUGACGAGGAAAACAAGAGGCGGCUCAGCAGAUUCCAAACGAUGGGCUGUAAUCUUUACGUGCCUCUCCACUAGAGCUGUCCACGUUGAGGUCAUUGACUCCAUGGACACCUCAGCCUUCAUCUGUGCACUUCGAAGAUUUGUUGCAGUUCGUGGACCGGUCGCCAAAAUCAGAUGCGAUAGAGGAACAAACUUCGUAGGCGCCAAGGGCGAGCUGAACCACGAACAAGUUGGGAGGUACUUGACUACCAGGAGUUGCGAGUGGGUGUUCAACCCCCCACACGCCUCGCACUUUGGAGGAGUUUGGGAGCGGCCAAUAGGAAUCAUCCGACGUGUCCUGGAAUCAAUGUUUGCCCAACUAGGUAAGCAUCAGCUAACCCAUGACGUACUGGUGACUUUUGUGGCGGAAGCAUGUGCUAUCGUCAACUCGAGACCUAUCACUACAGUCUCCUCAGAUGCCAACGACCCCCGACCACUCACUCCUGCCACGCUCCUCACCCUGAAGACUCAGACACUUCAGGCACCUCCAGGUGACUUCGUCAAAGAAGAUCUCUAUGGCAGACAACAUUGGCGUCGUGCCCAGUAUCUUGCAGAACAAUUUUGGCUUCGAUGGCAGAAGGAGUACCUCCAGAGUUUGCAGCCCAGGACAAAGUGGAACAGUACGCAGCCCAAUAUCCGCGAAGGAGACGUAGUUCUGGUCCGAGAUAAGGAGCUCAGGAGGAACAACUGGCCCCUUGCCAGAGUCACGAAGACGUACCCCAGUGAUGACGGCAGAGUUCGCAAGGUCGACAUCAUUGUCUGCUCUGACGGGACGCGCAGAACCUACUUCAGACCUAUCUCGGAGCUUGUGCUCCUUGAGAAGGGUCACGACUCAACACAGUGCUCUACAACCGAGUGA